AUGGCGCCUCCGAGCGGCAAUGACAAGGAGUGCGUCUCGAGCGCCUCCACGGUCGCGGGCGUCCCACCCCAUGACCACGAGCGACAGCCGGUCCAUGAGAAAGACAUAGAACGCGAUGCCCAGAGCAUAGCGUCUUCCGUCCGCGGGGCUUCAGACUCGACCACCGCACGCGAUCCGACAGUCGUCGACUGGGACGGGCCAGACGACCCGGCGAACCCCAUGAACUGGCCCUUGUCCCAGAAGGCGGCUGCCAUUGCCAUUGUGUCUGCCAUCACAUUCGUGAGCCCUCUCGCCUCAUCCAUAUUUGCGCCGGGCAUACCCCAGGUCAUGGCCGACUUUGGCUCCACAAACCAAGAGAUUGCGUCCUUCAUCGUGUCCGUCUACGUCGUCGGAUACUGCUUCGGCCCGCUGCUCAUCGCGCCGCUCUCAGAGCUAUACGGUCGAGCGCCGCUGUACCACGUGUGCAACGUGCUCUUCGUCAUCUUCAGCGUUGCCUGCGCCCUCGCCCCGAACCUGGGCGGCCUGGUCGCGUUUCGUCUGCUUGCCGGACUCGCGGGUAGCUGUCCCAUGGCCAUCGGGCCCGGUACGAUAGCCGACCUCGUCCCACGCGAGAAGAGGGGGAAGGUGAUGGCGGCGUGGGUGUUUGGGCCUCUCUUCGGACCGGUCAUUGGGCCAAUCGCUGGUGGGUAUCUCACGGAGGCCAAGGGUUGGCGCUGGUCAUUCUGGGUUCUGGCCAUUGCGGGCGGCGCCAUUACAAUCGCGUCGCUGGUCUUUAUGCGCGAAACGUACGCCUAUGCGAUACUCGAUCGAAAGGCCAAGAAGCUUCGGGAGCAGACUGGUGACAACAGCCUCCGCUCCGCUCUCGACGAUGGGCGUGCCACCAAGGACAUCUUUGCAUCGGCCAUUGUCAGGCCUAGCAAGAUGCUCAUUUUCUCGCCAAUCGUCUUUCUCCUAUCACUGUACAUGUUUAUCCUGUAUGGAUACCUGUACCUCAUAUUCACCGCCAUGCCAGGGUUGUUUCAGAACGAGUACGGCUUCUCCACGGGCCAGGUUGGACUCUCAUACUUGGGACUCGGGGCGGGGUCGGCGUUUGGCCUUGUUCUCGCCGGUGCUGCAUUGGACCGGGUCGUCGCGAAGUUGCAAAAGAAGAACGGCGGCGGCUUCAAGCCAGAGUAUCGCCUGCCCCUGAUGAUUCUCGCAGGUGUCGCCGUGCCCAUCGGCCUGUUUCUGUUUGGGUGGACGGCCAAGACUCACCAACACUGGAUUCUGCCCAUCAUUGGCACGUCAUUCCUAGGUUUUGGCAUGACGCUCGCAUUCAUGGCCAUUUCAACGUAUCUGGUCGACGCCUUUGGAGUGUUCGCCGCAUCCGCGGUCGCCGCCAGCACUGUGCUCCGGUCCCUCGGAGGCGCGGUGCUACCGCUGGCUGGAGGCAAGAUGUUUGAGACGCUGGGUCUCGGCUGGGGCUCCUCCUUGCUCGCCUUUAUAGCUCUGGCGAUGAUACCCGUGCCGGUCGUGUUUUACCGCUAUGGCGAGCGCGUCCGGGAGAAGAACCUCUGCGGCGUGCAGUUUUAA